AUGAAGCAGUUCCUCCAGAAAUCCUUAACUCCAGCAAGACAGACAGCAAUAGACGAGGAGUUGGCCAAGAUGGUGGCCAGAGAUUACCAACCCUUUUCCAUUGUUGAGGAUGUUGGAUUUAGGAAUUUUUGCCAAGCCCUCAAUCCUAUGUAUGCCUUCCCCAGCCGAAAAACCCUCACACAGAAAUUCAUCCCAGGCCUAUAUGAUGCUGCACGGGCCUCCCUGCAAGAGAGGGUGAAGACAGCCUCAGCUGUAUGCCUGACAACUGACUGCUGGACAUCCCGCGCCACCACGUCAUUCAUGGCCGUCACCUGCCAUUUCAUAGAAAAUUACAGUAUGGCAUCAUGUCUACUGGACUGCUUUGAAUUUAGUGACAGGCACACAUCAGAAAACCUGGCUGAAGAGCUCCACCGAGUGGCAAGAGAGUGGGGGAUGGAGAACAAAGUUGUGUGUUGUGUCACAGAUAAUGCAGCCAAUAUAACAAAAGCCAUUCAGCUGCUGAAAUGGACACACCAUCCAUGCCUGGCUCACACCAUAAAUCUGUUUGUGAGAAAUGCUCUGAGGGCUAUAAAGCCCACUGUGGAUAAAGUAAAGGCCAUAGUGGAAUUUUUCCACAGAAGCACAGCAGCCACCCAAAAACUGAAAUCCACCCAACGGCAGAUGUCUAUGGCAGAGCUGAAGCUCAAACAGGAGUGUGUCACCCGGUGGAAUUCGGCAUUCCAUAUGAUCCAGCGAAUCCUGGAAUCUAAGGAUGCGGUUAUCGCAACAUUGGCGGUCAUCAACGCACCUGUGGCUCCUCUCAGCCAAGAGGAGUGGGAGGCUCUGCAAGAGGCCUGCAGCGUCCUGGAGCCCUUUGACCAGGUCACAGUGGAGAUCAGCGCAGAGAGGUAUGUUACUGCCUCCAAAAUGCUCAUACUGUGCAGGGGUCUUCAGAGGGUGACAACAGAGCACCAGAGCAGAGUCACCACAGCGUGCGUGAAGGAUCUGGUGAAUUCCCUCUCUUCAAGCAUGGACAAAAAAUUCCACCGGAUGGAAUACAAUGCAGUUCUGUCCGAAACCACCAUCCUCGACCCCCGCUUCAAAAAGGCGGCCUUUAGUGACAACAGAGCAGUCGACGAAGCCCUCCAAAGAAUUACCACAGCAGCAUCCAGGCAUAGGCAGUCAUCUCACCUGCAAGGGGGUCAUGGAGGAGAGGAGGGAGCAGCAGCACAUGAGCCGGAGGAGCCCCAAGCAUCGGCUGUUUGGAGGUUUUUUGAGGAGCGGGCAAGCGGAGACACUGCAACCAGGAAUCCUACAGCUGAUGCUAUUCUGGAGGUGAGGUCCUACCUUGAGGAGCCUCUUUUCCAGCGCAGUGCCGACCCACUGAGGUGGUGGGAGACAAAGGCACUGAUCUAUCCACAGCUCUCUUACGUGAUGGCACGUAGACUGUGCAUAGUGGCAACAUCCGUCCCAUCAGAGAGGAUCUUCUCCAAAACUGGACAGAUCAUAACUGAGAGAAGGAACAGGAUCAGCCCUGCCAAGCUUAGACACCUGGUGUUUCUCAACGCCAAUCUGCACACUGUGUACGUCUACUACUUAACCCGCUACUCCACUAACAUGGCUGUGAUCCAUGACAGCCAGGUGUUCUCCUGA